ACGAGCCUUAAGCGAACCUGACUUUCCUCUUGCCCCGCGACUCGAGUGACAAAGUUAUUGCGAUGCAUAUCAUUAAGCCAGUCUGGCUGACACAUGGGGGCGAGAGAAAGGACUUUGAAGUAUAUAGUUGCGAUGUAUCCCCCGAUGGAUCUCGCUUGGUCACAGCGGCUGGAGAUGGAUACGUUCGGAUCUGGUCUACGGAGGCGAUUUGCAACACGGAGGAUUCACAAUAUGCCAGCAAACCUAAGCAGCUGGCUUCCAUGAGCAACCACUCCGGUACGAUUCACACAGUUCGGUUCUCACCCAACGGGAAAUACUUGGCGUCGGGGGCAGAUGACAAGAUUGUUUGCAUAUAUACGCUGGACGCCAACCCGCCUUCUCAUGCGUCAACUUUCGGAUCGAACGAGGCGCCCCCCGUGGAGAAUUGGCGCACUAUUCGAAGGCUGAUCGGCCAUGACAACGACGUCCAGGAUCUAGGCUGGUCAUACGACUCUUCCAUUCUGGUCUCCGUUGGCUUGGAUUCUAAGGUCGUGGUUUGGUCCGGACACACAUUUGAGAAGCUCAAGACCCUGUCAAUCCACCAGAGCCAUGUCAAGGGAAUCACGUUCGACCCCGCAAACAAAUAUUUCGCUACAGCGAGCGACGAUCGCACGGUUCGCAUUUUCCGAUUUACGUCGCCUGCUCCUAAUUCCACCGCCCACGACCAAAUGAACAACUUCAUUCUCGAAACUACCAUUACCGCGCCAUUCUCAAACUCGCCCCUGACUGCAUAUUUCCGACGGUGCUCGUGGUCUCCAGAUGGCAUGCAUAUUGCGGCCGCGAAUGCGGUUAACGGGCCUGUCAGCUCUGUCGCGAUCAUCAACCGGGGAUCCUGGGAUGGUGAUAUAAAUCUCAUCGGGCACGAAGCUCCUGUCGAGGUAUGCGCCUUUUCCCCGCGACUCUACUCCACGCAGCCAAUCGAUAAGCAAGCCGUGGAUGGCCAAGGUCAUGCGUCCGUGACCGUGAUUGCUUGCGCAGGUGGGGAUAAGUCCCUCAGCAUCUGGAUCACUAGCAAUCCCAGACCUAUUGUGGUAGCGCAAGAGCUGGCCGCCAAGUCAAUAUCUGACUUGGCCUGGAGUCCGGACGGAAAGUGCCUCUAUGCAACGGCGCUCGACGGCACCAUUCUUGUUGUCCGCUUCGAAGACGGCGAUCUCGGAUAUGCCAUGGAAAUGGAAGAGAAUGAGAAGUCACUCACCAAGUUUGGCACGAAUCGUCGAGGUGCGGGUAUUGCAGAGACUACGGAUGGUCUGCUGCUCGAGGAGAAGAGCAAGGCGGGGGAAAUCAAGGGCGUCGAAGGCCGCAUGGGCGCUCUAAUGGGUGACGAUCACACAGCAGCAGAGACUACGACCAACGGCAAAUCGACCCAGCCACAGUCGAACGGCGUCACUACAACUUCGGCCCCAUCACCCGCUGCGGAUGCACAGAAGGCUCAGCCCAAUGGGACAGCAGCGACACCGGCGGCACCAGAGCCUGAGAAACCCGACCCUUAUCAGGCAAAACUCGAGAGGUUGAAGCAGCGUCCAACAUACACGAAGGACGGGAGGAAGCGGAUAGCUCCUCUGUUGGUGUCUGGAGCUGGAGCCGCGGAAUCAUCACUCCCACAGUCCCGAUUGAUGGCAUCAGUUAGCAGUCAAGUCAAGGCUGAUACUCCACAAUCAAUCAUCGAUCUCUCAAAGCCUUUCGAUGGACUACCCAAGGGAGGACUUGCAGGGCUAUUAAUUGGGAACAAGCGGAAGCUCGCGCAACUUGAGGGCGACGAGGAUGGACAAGUCGAAAAGCGGGUGGCCGUGGCGAGUCAAAAUGGGGCAACCGCUAUUCUGGCCCACACGCCUGAUGGUCUGCUACCUGCGCAGUCACAGCCUAGCCCAGAAGGUCAACAACAGACACCGGAGUAUAUACGACCCGCAGUUACAAAUCCUUGCAUGGCCAUCAGUCAGCUUCGGUUGGCUGUGCCCAAAGUUCGAAGUCAGAUACUGCGGGCCAUUGACCCCACGGGCAAACCGACGGAGCCUCCGGGCACCUCGAGCGAGUCGAGCAAAUCGCGAGCCGAUGUCAUCUUCGAAGCUCGCAACCCUUCGCCAGCAAGCUUGACUGGACGUGUGGUUGACCGCGAACCAGUUCGACUUACUCUGUUCCGUGGCGAGCAGCCAUUGUGGCAGGACUUCCUCCCGCGGCCUGUUUUGCUGGUGACCGGUAAUCAGAGCAUGUGGGCUGCAGCCUGUGAAGAAGGGUCUGUAUACAUCUGGACUCCAGCUGGGCGUCGCCUGGUUAGUGCUUUAGUCCUGGAAGCGCAGCCCGUGAUCCUGGAGUGCAACGGUCCAUGGAUUCUCUGUAUUACGGCUGUAGGCAUGUGCUACGUCUGGAAUGUGAAGCACCUCUCCUCACCUCAUCCGCCUAUCUCCCUCCAACCGGUGCUCGACGCGGCCAUCCACACCCUGGGUCCCCAUCCCACGACUGCUCCUGCAAUCACCAAUGCUCGUAUCAACUCGGAAGGCCGGAUCGUGGUUGCACUGACGAACGGCGAAGGAUACUCCUACUCCCCGUCUAUGUACACCUGGCAGCGGAUCUCGGAGUCCUGGUGGGCGGUGGGCAGUCAGUACUGGAACACUACGGAGGCCCCCGUGGGCAACCUCCAAUCGGCGGACGCGCAGCAGGACAAGGCCGCCAAGGCAGCAGUGUCCGCUGGUAUUAUACCGUUCUUGGAACGCAACACAACAAAUGAGACGUUGCUGCGGGGUCGUGCGUAUUUCCUGCAGCGGUUGAUCAAGGUGUUACUGUCGCGCGAGGGUUACGAAAGCUUUGAGUCCAGCGUAUCCAUCGCCCACCUGGAGAACCGAGUGGCUGCCGCCCUGUCUCUGGGGGCGAAGGAUGAAUUCCGUCUCUACCUCUCCAUGUACGCCAAGCGUCUAGGCGCGGAAGGGUUGAAGAUGAAGGUCGAGGAGCUCUUGAAAGGGCUGAUCGGCGGUCUCUUCGAGGAAGACGACACUGGUAGCGUUCGGCGUCUCCAGGACAAUGAACAAGAGGAUCGGAAUUGGCGCGAGAGCUCGGAGACGCUCUGUGGCUGGCCACGCGAAGUGUUGCUCAAGGAAGUGAUCUUAGCACUGGGCAAACAUCGGGAUCUUCAGCGAGUGACGGUGCCAUAUGCCAAACUGCUGGGUAUGGUGGACAACGAGUCGGAAGUGGGCGAUGCCAUGGAGACGUGAAGGGUCCUUGCUGCAGGGUUCCACCGACCAUUUGCGUUUGGCGUUUAGCUGGCGUUGCGUAGUCAAAUUUCCAACCAUACCGCACGGGGACGGAUGGAUGUAUGCAUGUCGGGG